AUGGAUAAUGCAUACAAUCGAUAUUAUAUAAAAAUUCGAACUAUUUUGGGGAUAAAUCCAAAGACAAUUCACGAAGAACUUGCAACAGCUUUGGGACCCAAGGCUCCAUCAUAUCCAACAGUUGCAGACUGGGCAAAGCGUUUCCGCGAAGGAAGAGAAGAUGUCAAUGAUGAUCCUCGAUCUGGUCGUCCGGUUUCCGAACUUACAGAUGAAAAUAUUGAAUUGGUACGACAGGUUAUCAACAAUGAUCCACAUUCAACUUAUGAUGAUAUUAUAGUUGAGACAUCUCUCUCUCGUGGUACAAUAGAAGAAAUUAUCCACAAUUAUCUCAAGAUGAAAAAAGUUACAUCUCGUUGGAUACCCCAUCAACUGAAUGAUGAACAAAAGCAAGAACGAGAGAUGAGACGUGGAUUUACCAUAGGCAGAUUCAUCACAAGUCAACAAACAAAACCUGGAUUGGCGAAGGUGAAUCACCACGUACUAUCUCCUGUUCUUAUACAUUGUGUUGAUAAAGGCAAGACCAUAGAUCACAACUAUUAUACAGAAAAUUGCCUCAAGCCUGUUGUCAAAGAAAUACGGGAACAAAGAAAGUCAAAUGGUACUAAAGGUAUAAAAUUGCUUCACGACAAUGCUUCACCCCAUCGUCAUCAAGAUGUUAUUAAUUAUUUAACAGAAGAAGAUAUCAAUAUAAUGCCACAUCCAUCAUAUUCACCUGACCUUGUACCGUGUGAUUAUUGGCUAAAUGAUUACAUCAAACAGAAUUUAACUGAUCAACCAAAUGAAAAAUCAUUGGCUCAUGCGGUUUCCAAGCUAAUAAAAAAUAUUCCAGAAGAAGAAUUUAAAAAAACUUUUGACAAACUAUUAGAGAGGAUGGAACUUUGUAUAGAUAAUCAUGGGUGA